AUAAAGCACACUUCAAAUCAUUAUCUUUUCAUUAUGCGAGCUUUAUAUCCGCAUCGCAUGGAACGACGUGACCGCAUUUUCCUGCAGAGUAAAAUCAUGUCUACAAAUACACCACACGUGGAAAAGGAGUUGGAUUUAAGUAACGCUGGCAGAGGUGUAUGGUUAGUGAAGGUACCUAAGUACAUAGCGAAUAAGUGGGAGAAAGCACCUGGCAAUAUAGAAGUUGGCAAAUUGAAAAUAACCAAGAAUCCUGGUCAGAAAGCGGAAGUAUCUCUUAGACUCUCGGAGGCUGUUUUAGCAUUAAAGGAAGCUGGAGAGGAGGAAAUUCCAAAACAGCAUAGGUUAGAUGUUACGACAGUAACGAAACAAAUGUUAGGUGUAUUCUCUCAUGUCACACCUUCAAGUAGCUCAGAUUCUAUAGUUCCUGAAACUGAAAAACUUUAUAUGGAGGGAAGGAUUGUACAAAAACUAGAAUGUCGUCCAUAUGCUGAUAAUUGUUAUAUGAAGUUGAAACUACAAAGUAUCAAAAGGGCUUCAGUCCCCCAGAGACAAGUUCAACAAUUAGAUAGGGUAGUUCAAAAUUUCAAACCUGUGUCUGAUCACAAACACAAUAUUGAAUAUGCAGAGAAGAAGAAGGCAGAGGGUAAAAAGAUGAGAGAUGAUAAAGAUGCGGUAUUGGAUAUGUUGUUUGCUGCAUUUGAAAAACAUCAAUAUUAUAACAUAAGAGAUCUUGUGAAGAUUACGAGGCAACCAAUUGUGUACUUAAAGGAAAUAUUGAACGAAGUUUGUAAUUAUAAUCUGAAAAAUCCUCACAGAAAUAUGUGGGAAUUAAAACCGGAAUAUCGGCAUUAUAAAGAGGAAGAGAAAUCUGAAGGUCAGAAAAAAGCAGACGAGUCGGACGAUGAUUAAAAUUAAAGAUGUACAUAUAUUUAUACCGAUUUCGUUGCAUCGUAUCAAUACAGGGGACAUAUUUAAAAUAAUUAAAUUAAUUGUCCCUUUAUUUUUUUAAUGUAAAUCAUUGAAAGUUGAAUCAAGAAUAGCAUCAAUCAAGAAGAUUCUAGAAUAAAUAUUAUGAUCUUUCUAUUACAACAGGAGAAAAUGUAAAUUUGUAAAGCGUACAUUUAUACUUUAUACAAGAAAAAUUGUACUAUUUAAAAUAAAUAAUUAUUGCAAGA